AUGAUAUCUAAAUACACUCCGCAGAAGAUCCCCCGCCUCACUCGAUCUACCGAUGCCCUCACCUCCCAGCGAUGGCAAGCCAUCACUAAGCGCGAUCCUACGAUCAAUAGCUUCGUCUAUGCAGUACUCACAACCAAGAUCUACUGCCGCCCAUCCUGCGCCGCCCGUCUGGCACGCCGCGCAAACGUCCAAUUCUAUGACACACCCUCGCAAGCCGAGGAAGCCGGAUUCCGAGCCUGUAAGCGCUGCCGGCCCCAGGCGGGAGGCACGGCGCUUGCGAACCAUCCACAAACCGCGAUCGUGGCAAAGGCAUGCGAAACAAUCCAGGCUGAGCUAGCUAUAGGGCUGAAACCACGAUUACAAGAUCUGGCGGCUCAAGCUGGCUUGACGCCGAGUCAUUUCCAUCGCGUGUUUAAGAAACGAGUGGGCGUGACGCCGGGCCAGUAUGCGAGUGGUCUCGUCCAAGGGGACGUAUCAUCGACUUCGUCGGAUUAUUGGACUCCAGACACCACUUCAACGGAGGGUGAAACACCGCCGUUGGAAAUUUUGGAUGAGAGUGGGAAGGGGGUUCUGAAUUUAGAAGCGGGUGAAAGUCUUUUGAGCGUUUUGUGGCCGGCGGAUGGCCAUCCGGCCAUGCAGGAAAAACCGCCUAUCCUAAUGGAUUCUGUCUGGAAUGACUUUGAUGCCUUUUUGGAGGCUGAGCCAGGGCAGAUACCGUCCACAGAGGAACCGCCGCUCGCCAUUGACCCCCAGGUGACAUUGGCGUCGAGGAAGUGA